AUGUCGAAUGAUGCAUUCAAAGCUAGAACGCUCAAGAGGAAGAACGUGAAGGGUCUCGCACUGAGUGCACCUCCGAAGGCGCCCGAACCGUCAGAAGGCGAUGCACAGAUACCAGGUGGAAUAGGCAAUCAGGAAGGUGAUCGGACUGACACACUCGAGAUUGGACUGGAGUUCAAGCUAGACCUACGAAGCGAAGACUUGGUAGUCUUGAAAGAGUUGGGUGCGGGUAAUGGCGGCACUGUCAGCAAGGUCAUGCAUGCCAUAACCAAAGUAGUCAUGGCGAGAAAGAUUAUUCGCGUCGAUGCUAAAGAGAACGUCCGAAAACAAAUCGUCAGAGAGCUGCAGGUGGGCCAUGAGUGCAACUCUCCGUAUGUCAUUACCUUCUACGGUGCAUUUCAGAACGAAGCCCGUGACAUUGUUCUGUGUAUGGAGUACAUGGAUUGCGGGUCUCUUGAUCGAAUAUCGAAAGAUUUUGGUCCCGUCCGAGUCGAUGUCCUGGGCAAGAUCACGGAAUGCAUACUUGGUGGUCUGGUCUACUUGUAUGAGGCGCACCGGAUCAUGCACCGUGACAUCAAACCUUCCAAUGUCCUGGUUAACUCUCGCGGGCUAAUCAAGUUGUGCGAUUUUGGUGUGGCCACUGAGACAGUCAACUCUGUGGCAAACACCUUUGUCGGUACAUCGACUUAUAUGGCUCCGGAACGGAUCAAGGGUGAUCCCUACACGGUCAAGUCUGAUGUGUGGAGUGUUGGUCUGACCAUCAUGGAGCUCGCAAUCGGUCGUUUCCCUUUCGAUGCGAACGACUCUGCUCCAGGGGAUCGCGCAAGCGCGGGGCCUAUGGGUAUACUGGACCUACUUCAGCAGAUCGUUCACGAGCCAGCACCGAAAUUGCCCAAGAGCGAAGCGUUUCCCGCAAUUCUCGAUGACUUUGUUGCAAAGUGCUUACUGAAAAAUCCCGACGAGCGUCCAACCCCCCGAGAGUUGUACGAUAAGGAUCUGUUCCUAUUGGCAGCCAAGAGAACGCCAGUGGACCUGCAAGAAUGGGCAGUGUCAAUGAUGGAGCGUCACAACCGCAAAUCUUACCUCGCGCCACCUGCUCCCAAGUCCCUCAAGAGUGACGGGACAAGUUCAGAUUCUCACAACACACCUGCUACUUCUGCCACCUCAAACUCGUCGUUCGCUCCGGAGAAUGCCGGAAAGACGCCAACGACAGCCCGACGGACAGGCACAACUCCUGUCGCUGCUGACGUUCAGAUGAUGCCCAAUUCUCCUCCACACUUUCCUACCAUCACCACCGGUUCCCAAAAUUCGAAUACCCCGACUGGGAUCGCCGAGAAAUCACCACCACCUGGGAUUUCUUUGCAGCAUCUCUCACUCGAAACGAACGACAGCAUCAACGAGAAUGUGCACCGUGCCAACCGCUUCCCGGGUCUGGGCACAAGAGACAACAUUCCCGAACCAGCGUCAGCAAUCGAGCCCUCGAGCCGACCCAUGUUUCCACCGCGCACAAGUAGUAGCACAUCCGUUAGCUCACACGGUCGCUUGAACAAUAGCGCGGCAAGCUCGACUCUGCCGAUACGGCCACCACCACCCAAUGGCCCAUUACCACCUCCGCCAUCAAAAGAAUUGCCAGCAAUUCCCACCUCCGGCCUGGCCAGCCCGAGACGCGGGCGCUGA